GGGGCAGCACCUCACAGACGGAGGACAUCAGGCAGUGGUGAGGAUGGCGCUGCGCUGGGGCAUCGUGUCGGCUGGCUUAAUCGCCAGCGACUUUACCACCGUGCUGAGCUCCCUGCCUCCCUCGGAGCACCAGGUGGUAGCAGUGGCUGCGAGGGACCUGAACAGGGCGAAGGCGUUUGCCCAGAAGUACAACAUCCCCAAGGCAUAUGGCUCUUACGAGGAGCUAGCAAAGGACCCAGACGUGGAGGUGGCCUACGUCGCCACCCAGCAUCCCCAGCACAAGUCGGUGGUACUCCUCUGCCUGGCGGCAGGCAAGGCUGUCCUUUGCGAGAAACCCAUGGGUGUGAAUGCAGCAGAAGUUCGGGAGAUGGCUGCAGAGGCCCGUUCUCAGGGCAUCUUCCUGAUGGAGGCCUUGUGGAGCCGGUUUCUUCCUGCUAUGGAGGCUCUGCGGGAAGUUUUGGUCCAAGGAACUGUUGGGGACCUACGAGUGGCCCGGGCAGAAAUGGGGCAAGAUUUAAACCAUUUACCCCGGUCUAGAGACUGGAGCCAGGCCGGCGGCGGCCUGCUGGAUCUAGGCAUCUACUGCGUCCAGUUUCUCUCCACGGUGUUUGGUGCGCAGAAGCCAGAGAAGAUUUCAGCCAUGGGAAGGAUCCAUGAAACAGGUGUGGAUGACACUGUCAGUGUGCUUCUUCAGUACCCAGGAGGGGUCCAUGGCAGCUUCACCUGCAGCAUCACCUCCAACCUCACUAACACUGCAUAUGUGGCUGGCACCAAGGGCAUGGCCCAGAUUCGCAAAAUAUGGUGCCCAACAGAGCUGGUGGUGAAUGACGAGCAUAAAGAAUUCCCUCCGCCUGUCCUCGGGAAAGAGUACAAUUUUUUAAAUGGAUCGUGCUUGAGUUAUGAAGCCAACCACGUCCGCGAGUGCCUGCGUAAAGGUCUUAAGGAAAGUCCUGUAAUUCCUCUGGCAGAGAGUGAGCUCUUGGCUGAAAUCCUUGAGGAGGUGAGGAAGGCUAUUGGAGUCGUCUUCCCCCAGGAUGAAUGAUGAUGGACAUGGCAAGCAAUAAUUUUUCCUACUUGAGGCAUCCGAGCUUGACCCUCUUUGCUUUGGAGUUAUUUUUGUACAACAGCUCAAGUUCUCAUGUUGGAAACCACUCCCUUUCUGGGCUCCUGAAAGUCACCUUGCUUUUGUUCUUACUGUACGUACAUUCUGUUAUCACCUGCCCUCAGAUUCACCAGGAUGCUGCUUUGGGAAGCGUGAGUGAAAGGGUUUUCUGGUCCAAGGGGAUCUUGGCGAUCUGGAGCCAAGGAAUACCAUAGUCACACCAUGCAACAAACUUCAUACGAGAUUUAUUGGGAAGAAACCCAGAAUGGCAGCUACCUCUGACCAGAACAGAGAGAGCAGUGGGCUGGGCAGAGGAGCAGGCUUUUGUAUCGUCUUUGAAGCAUGCACAUUGAGCUAGUAGACAUGUACAGAACAGUCAGAAGUAUUACUAGGCCAUUAAUCCUGGGUCAUGGGGGUGAGGAUUUCAAAGUCCCAGGUUUGGGGACAGUCCAGGGGUAGGGUGAUUUUCCACUGGCCUGUUACUCUACAGUGAAAAACCCAAAAUGGCCUUGAAGGAAUGUGAAAUACAGUGAGUGUGUCAUGCUUGCUCCGACUUUCUCCGUCCCUCUCCCUUUCCCUGAGAUUGGUUUCCCCGUUAGGGACUGAUUAAGAGUGGGUGUGGCAGCCGGGUGUAAUGGUGCAUGCUUCUAAUCCCAGCACUCAGAGGCAAAAGCAGGCAGGUAACUAUGAGUUCAAGACCAGCCUGGUCUACAUAGCAAAUUUCAGGCCAGCCAGUUACAAGGUGAGACCCUAGAGAGGGAAUGGUGGCGGUGAGGACUUGGGGGUGGUGGGGAGGUCAGACAGAGACACUGCGGCUGGGGAGAUGACUCAGUAGUUAAUAGUACUUGUUGGUUUUGAAGAAGAUGAAGAUAUGGCCGGGAGGUGGUGGCGCACGCCUUUAAUGCCAGCACUCGGGAGGCAGAGCCAGGAGGAUCUCUGUGAGUUCGAGGCCAGCCUGGUCUACAGAGCAAGAUCCAGGACAGCCAGGGCUACACAGAGAAACCCUUUCUCGAAAAACCAAAAAAGAAAAAAAAGAUGAAGAUUGAAUUCGCAAAGUGGCUCACAACUGUCUUUAACCCCAGUUCCAGGAACCUCGAUGCCUUCUCCUGAUCUCUGGGUACCAGGCAAACGCAGGGUACACUAGUAACAGGCAGGCUGUUAGGUCUCAACCCCGGGCGGGACAAGCAGCUGAGCUGCCUAUUUAACAUAUCAAAGCCGACCUGGCCGCCAGCUUCUCCCAGCAUCCCUCAGCCCUCUACGCUGGACUCUCCAGUCUAGGGGCUGGGCUGCCCUUCCCCUAGAGGCUCUUCCCUAUAUAACCCCGACAUUCCGGUUACCCGCCCCCUUGUGUACCUGGCCUUCUUGGCUGCUGCACCUGGUUAAACUUUCUCCUCCACUAUACCUAGGAGCAGUCAUGUCCUUUCUUACUUAUUUAUUUUCAUUCACAGGCUUUUAAAACACUUAUACAUAUAAAAUAAAAUAAAUACAUCUAAAAAAAAAUUAGCCAGGUGGUGGUGGCAUACACCUUUACUCCCAGCACUCAGGAGGCAUAGGUAGGUCGAUCUCUCUGAGUCGAUCUCUCUGAGUUUGAGGCCAGCCUGGUCUACAAAGCCAGUUCUGGGACAGCCAGAGCUAUUACAUGGGGAAACCCUGUAUUGAAAAACCACCAAAUUUCUGGCUGUCCUGGCUUUGCAGACCAGGGUAUUAUGUAUGGUAGACACUCUGCCAAUGGAGCUACAUCUAGAGCCCAACAACCUGCUCUCUUAAAAAAAUAAAUAAAUAAAACAAGGGGCUAGAGAGAUGGCUCAGAGGUUAAGAGCACUUGUUGCUAUUGCAGAGGACCUGGGUUCAAUUCCCCGCGCCCACAUGGUGGCUCACAACCAUCUGUAACUCCACUUCUAGAUCCAACACCCUCUUCUGACUUCCAUGGGCACCAAGCACACAUGUGGUGAACAUAUAAGCACAUAAGCAAAGCACUCAAACACAUAAAAUGAAAUGAAUAAAUCUUAAAAAAAAAAAAAAA